GUCAGCUGUCGCUUCCGGAUGCGGUGAAACGGCAUAGAAGUAGGAAAACACCGAGCAUACAAGGAUCUAUUUAAAUGACAUGAAGUCGGAAGAGACGCCAGUACCGUCCUCAGUGGAUUCCCGAGACGAGUGCACACACUGGGAACCGUGUUUUAACGGUGUUUUACGUCGGGUGUCGGUGAAUGAGCGUUGUUUUUGCUGAGCAGUCGUGUUUUUGUCUGCGGGCUAGCUUAAGCCAGCGUAGCGCUAGCUGGUACACGCAGGCAAAUAGACUUCUCUCUCCGUUAAAAUAUGACUUGUAGUCACCGUUAUUCUUAGCAUAUCACUGAUUCGUAAGGAGGGAAAGAGCACUGUGCUUGUUUGAUUGUAACUGAAAAACGUUCAGAGUUUGUUUUUGGUCACUUAGAGGUCAAGGCUGCAUUGGAAAAGCUUGUCCCUCGCUGUCAACACAAGUAAAAAAAAAACUAAAAAAAAAAACUGAAGGAACAGCCAUCGUUUUCCUGAAAUAUCGAGGACAUCGUAUCUGAAAAAAAUCACUCGAGAACAUCUCAGCAAGUGGAUAAAAUGGAUUUGAUCUGGACUUCAGUCACCACGCAGAAAACACAGCAGAUACUCUGUGAAUAACACUUCCUUCAGUCAGCUGGUUGGCUCCACUACUUUUUCUUCCUCCUGCUGACAGGGCACUUAACAAACAGUAUCCUGUGUUUGAAUUUGGCUGAAGUGGAGGAAGUCUUCCUCGUUUUAUUUUUGCUUCUGCAUAGCUCAUUCUUGCUUAGACUAAGCUCUUCAGUUCAACAGUGAAGGAUGAAUGGCCUCUCUCUCAGUGAGCUCUGCUGCCUGUUCUGCUGCCCACCCUGUCCUAGCCGCAUCGCAGCCAAGCUCGCCUUCCUGCCCCCCGAGCCUACCUACACCUUUCUUCCAGACCCAGAGGCAGGCCCUGCUGCAACGGGGACAGCAGGGCCAUCGAGUCUGCGGGCGCGGAGCGGAGCAUCGGUUUCUGGAAGUGGAGGGGCCGGGGCUGUAGAGGGAAGAUGGAAGCUCCACUUGACAGAGCGAGCAGAAUUUCAGUACUCGCAGAGAGAACUGGACAUGACGGAGGUGUUCCUCACUCGAUCCAGCCGAGGGAAUCGAGUUGGCUGUAUGUACAUUCGCUGUGUUCCUAAUGCCAGAUUUACCGUGCUUUUCUCCCAUGGUAACGCAGUCGACCUGGGCCAGAUGAGCAGCUUCUACAUCGGCCUUGGCACUCGCAUCAACUGCAACAUCUUUUCCUAUGACUACUCAGGCUAUGGUGUCAGCACAGGCAAGCCCUCUGAGAAGAACCUGUAUGCAGACAUAGACGCCGCCUGGCACGCCCUGCGCACACGGUAUGGCAUUAGCCCAGAGAAUAUAAUCUUAUAUGGACAGAGCAUUGGUACAGUCCCCACUGUAGACCUGGCGUCACGGUAUGAGUGUGCCGCCGUUGUUCUUCACUCACCUCUAACGUCUGGCAUGAGAGUGGCCUUUCCUGACACAAAGAAAACCUACUGCUUUGACGCUUUCCCCAACAUUGAGAAAGUUUCCAAAAUCACAUCUCCAGUGCUCAUCAUCCACGGGACAGAGGACGAGGUGAUCGACUUCUCCCACGGCCUGGCUCUUUUCGAGCGCUGCCCCAAGGCCGUGGAGCCUCUCUGGGUGGAGGGAGCGGGACACAACGACAUUGAAUUGUACAGCCAGUAUCUGGAGCGCCUACGCCGCUUCAUAGGACAGGAGCUGGCGGUACAACAUGCCUGACCAUCACAACCACAAUCUUCAUUAUUACCAUUUUUCCUGGUCCAAUUAAAGCUUCGCCUCUCGGUGCCCAAGAUGGGAAUGUCUUCAAGAGUCAUCCAAACCGUCCAUCGGCUUACCAUGGCAGCCAGGCGUGUAAAGUUUCACAUACUGUACUGCUCCUUUUUCGGGGCGCAGUAUGCUUUUAAUGGACCAUGGAUUGAUGCGACACAGAGGAAAGGAGGAGUGUGUUCAGAAACAUCAAAUGUGUGCAAGUGUGAAAGACUCAAAUUGUAUUUAGACUGUUGUUUUGUUUUUUUUCUUUUUGUUUUUUUUAGCAGAAACUUUUUCAGUACAGCUGCCAUGUGUUAGGUUGCAGCUGAUAUAUUCCUAUAUUUGUGCAAUAAUAUGGACAGUGUCACAGGAAAAGGACUUUUGUUGAAAUUAAAUGAAAAAAAUAAUUAACAGAACAACAACCUGAUCAAUAAUCAGGUGGGUCAAUUGCAUUGUGGUCCACAUGGAAAGUUUCUGUUUCUGUUUUUCAGCCUACUCGUACAGUUUGUGUGUAACUUUACUUGCUGUUGUUAACCCAAAUGGAUAAUGAUGAAGCACGUCAUGACUCUCCAUGCGCUGACGUGUGUUGGGGAAUAGUUUGGUUUUCUAAUCACCUAUUAAAACAGCAAAGAGGAUUGUACCUAAGUCCUCUACAUGGAGCCCCCUGUUUUUAUUAGUAACACCUGUACAACCUAAUGCAGUCUGAUAGAAAAAACAUCCAAUAAGUUCUGAUUCAACUGUAUUUUCUAGUUGUUGGUGGUGGUGUAUUUGACUGCAUCACAUUGAAAGGUGUUUCUAAAAUCCUGUCCCCGUCAUGUAUGUAGAUUUGGGGUGGACAAAUCUGGUUACUUGUCUAUGUUCCUUGGAAAAAUGAAAAUGAUACAUAAAGAUAUGUUUUUACACAGUACUGAACAUUUUGCUCAGGUAACCCUCUUUUAGACAUUAGGGUCAGUGUGUUCCACAAUUGUUUUUGUCUUCUUUUUUUUGUUUUGUUUUAUAUACAGUCAGCUAAAUCUCCUCGGAUCCUAACCCUGUCCAGUGUCAGGUCUUUUUUACCUUUGAAUUUUAACCAAGUAGUGAACCAGACUAUGAUCCUAAAACUGAGGUACAGACCAAAUCUCGAGUUUGGUGAGCUGUUACAACCUUAACUUUUGUCUUUUCUUGCUCCAGUCGAUUCCCCCAUACUAUUUUCAUUUUAUUCUGAAACACCCAGUUAUGGAGCGAGAUUGGCUGAGCUAAAGCACGACUGACGUUCAGGAGCCUCAGAAAGAAAAUACCUCCAGCUCUUUGGAUUAGUGGAAUGUCUGAGAGUCUGUUAGCCCUGUCCUUUUUGUUUUAGUCUUGUUUAUGUCUCACACCAAUAGGUCAACAGCUGUCAGCUAAGUUCCUGUUUCCUUGGGUGUCUGGAACAGAGAAGGAACACUAAAAUUAAACAGGCCACGGUUUUCUAGCUCAAGCCUUUUUUCAUCUUUUUUUUUUUUUUUUUUAAUCUGUCUGACAGCCAUCUUACUCAUUUGCACUCCAUCUUGAGGGACAGUUUUUUCAAUUUAGAAAGUAUAUGGAAACUUAGCUUUGGAAUCAACUAUUUUAUGACCGUUGCCAUUGUCUAAUUUUAAACAAUGUUGAGCUUCACAUUGUGAGUAAUAAAAUAAGCACAGGAACACAAGUUUUAUCACAGUAGAGCAACAUGUUAAUUGGUUGUUUUCCAGCUCUAACAGCAUCAGCCAAGAGUUGAGUGAGAAGCUCUUCUGAGAACAUUACACUUUAGUGUUAGAAACUCGACGGGUGGACAGCGUUUGGCACUUUGUCAUAUGUCAUCUAACAUGACAACAUUGCUUUUCCACCACUAUUCUUCUUUAUAAUUUCAGGUAAAGCAAAUUGGCAGUGUGAAUCUGCAGAACAUCUCUUUCCUCUCUGGUUUACAGUCAACUUCUUGAUAACACUAUUGAUUUUGCCACACAGAACUGAGUACAAGAGUGGUACACUACCUUUUCUAGCCACUGGUGUGAUUUGUGUAACAAUAGAUAACUGUCUCAAACAUGUUUUGUUUCCCUUGUGGUUUAUUGUUCUUCUUGCGCUGAUUAUUUGGGGAAAUAUCACUAAUCGGUUGUACCAUUUUGCAUCAUCGGCACUGUGUACAAAGAGAACUGGUACAAGAUUAUGUCAGCUGGCUGCCCUGUUGAAGUCAUUUAGGGUUGACUCGUAAGAUAAAUCAUAAUCUUUCAGACUCGCUGCACUCCAUCACUGUCUCACUAACGGUCUGUUGUCCAACCAGACGUGAAGUCUAAAGUAUUCACCUUAAAGGUGCACCUCUCAGUGGUACUGAGCCACAGAGGUGAAAGCCAUUCCCAAAAUUAGUGUAUCCAGGGGUAGAAGUGGUUUUACCUAACUGAACUGAUAUAUUUCACCCUUAGACAUUGAGGAUUGCAUCGUUCAACUUCGUAAUUGAAAGCCAAGAUUACAACUGUCCCAUUUGUUCUCGAAGACAAGUCAGGACUUUCAGGCUUUCUUGGCAAUGUAUGAACCAAAGUCGAACUUUUUUUGUUUUUUACCCAAUGUACAUGCUGUUUAUGUUUGUAUCUUUGUAACCAAAGACAGAAAUGUUUGAAUUUAAGCUCUUUUAUUAACUUUUUAUUUAUCUGUAUGCUUGGUCUGAUAUCUUUCCACUACACAUUUUGAUACAAAUGAAAUGCAAGUUUGUCAUAUUACUAAAUAAUUAUGUUUUAUCAUAUCACGUCUGGUUUCCAAUAUGCAAGAAUAGAGUUUAAAUAGCAUAAAUUAACCACGUUGUGGGAUUUUGUUUUUGUUUUGUUUUUCGAGCUGUUUAUAAUUUAUCAUUUGUGGAGGAUGUAAAACUAAACAAUAGUGUGCUAUGAAAAUGUUUAGAAAAAAACUGCGUGGGAUGGUGAAAGAACAAUGACAAAUGAGCUUCAGGCAGACGCAUGAAAAGCUUUUAUUCAGAUGUUUGGAUCUCUGGUGUAACAGCUGUGUAUCAGUUUUGUCAUCACACAUUGUUAUCCAUUGUUUAUUAUACUGACUUAUUUUUAGUUUUUAAAGAUUCUGUCUUUUUCCAAGAAUUAAAGAGAACAAGAAGCUAAUAAAACAUGGUCAGAAAGUGA